AUGCCGGUUCUUGCUUCGUCUUCCGUGUUCAUUCGCCUCGCCAACAGGUUGCAUGGCAAUGCCCGUCAUAAGAUGAACAAAUCUGUUUCGCCGUACUCCGUACCCGAGCAGCGUCCGCUCCCCACCCAUGUCAUGCCAAACGUACAUCAUGAUUCCCUGCGUUUUUUGUCGCGUGUAGACGCCCGUCGUGCCUACGCAUCGGGACAAGAAAUGGCUCAGCCGGUAUGCACAUCUGCAACACCGAUAGAAUCAAAGAAGGCGAGACACUCUCCUCACGUUGCCAAGCAAGUCAACAAAUUCCAGAUCCCCAAGACGGUGUCGAGACCAACUCCCUGGACCGGGUCUGGGUUUGAACGUGGUAAUUCGUAUACACUUUAUUUGACGGCUGCAGAUAUCUGUGAGAUAGAGAGAGCCCUCCGAGUGUUUAAGUCUUUGGGGCUCGAUGGCGAUGCUGUCAGCACCUCCAACUUCCCUUUGCCAAACUUGUCCAGAGUGCUCAAGGACUACACUCGGUCACUUCACAACGACAUCGGCUUCUUCGUGGUCCAUGGAAUGGAAUUAUCCCGGUAUUCCAUCGAGGACGGCGUCGUCAUAUAUCUCGGUAUUGCGUCUUACAUUGGCGACAAGCGCGGCGUCCAAGACGGAAAAGGAAAUGUCUUGACACACAUCACCAGCUGCAAAACUUGGGAUGUGCCGAUGAAUCAGCGACAUGUCGUGCACUCCAACAUGGCUCUGCUCUUCAAUUCCGGCAAAGAAACCCGCUAUUACCUCGCUCCAGUCAUGGCCAUGCACCAGGAUCGCCUGAUGAUCAGCAUGGACCCCAAGCGCUUCGGUCCUCAUCCGGCUUGUCGCGAAUCCAGCGCUCCUCCACUUACUCAUGCCCAAGAGCACACGCUCCGAAAAGUGGCCGAGGCCGCGGCAGCCACGGAACUCAAGCUGAGCCUGGAGCCCGGAGACAUUCUCUUCAUAAACAACUGGGCUGUUCUUCACCGCCGGGAGGCGUACGACGACGACGAGUCCACGUCGCGGCACCUAGUUCGUCUGUGGUUGCGGAACAGCGACUACGGAUGGCCGGUUCCGCGAGCCAUGGUGUCGCUCUGGCAGCGGGCCUACGGAAACGAGGGGGGAGGUCGAAAUCGUCUCUAUGCUCUACAUCCCAUGCCCAAGUAUCAUGUUCCCAAGUACUCGAUGGGAUCUGCCGCGUUUCCGUUGGACGACAAUGAUUGA